AAAUAAAUUCAGUAAAAAAGUUACGAUACAAGCAAAAAUUGACUGUAUACAUUAGUAUAUCCUCUGUAAAAGAUUUUUCAUUAAAAAUUCCUACACUCAAACCGGAGAAAGUCUUCUUUUUACAAAGAGUAUUGGACCUUGUGGAACCAAUUUCAUAUAGUGAUGCAACAUAAAUUCAACAAGUGCAAAAGAGAGAAAAUAUUUAUACUAUUGAACUUAGCUACGAAAAAAAUUCUACUUCUGCAGAUAUUUCACUUUUUGUACUUGUCCAGAGGUAUUUUCAUCAAGUUAAAAGUUUUCAGUAUAUACGCAGUUAUAGCAUCAUUUAAUUUUCAUGACUUUUAGGUGAAUUGGUCCAUUUAACUUCACUUUUUUAAAUCAUCAAUUCUUUAUUUGUCUAACUUUAAAAUUAGAUUGUUAAAUUUUAUUUAAUUAGCAUCGCAUCGGUUUUUUGUGUGUAACUUUCCUUUUGAAUCAGCGAUAAGAGGUUGCACUGAAUUUACGGAUGCGCAUGCGUGCAUUCUCGACACUAGCGCUUGCGGACAAAAUUGUCCACGUUACGGUUACGAUCUACAACAUGGAGAAGAUAGGGAAGUGCCUAGACCUGUAUACAAGAUCGUGAGGCAAAAACAGCUUAUAAGAUAUCUAUUAAAAAUGGAUCACCUUAGUGCCCAAUUGAUGGAAGAUGUCGUUUUAGAACAGAAAAAAGGACCUAAAAGUAAUAUCUCAUCUGCAAGGAAUACUAUCGUGAAACCAACUAAAGAUGUUUCUAAGCCAGAAAGUUCUCCACGACCUUCAAUGAAUCUUAAGGUUGAAAUGCAAACUCUCAGAAUAGCAGAGGAAUCUGAGAAACAACUUUAUGAAACAUUGAAACAUAUUUAUGGAUCUAGCUUCAAAAUGACUGAUAUCACUGAGUUUGAAAAUAAAAAAUCUAAUUUGGGCAAGCAAUAUUGGAUGGAAAGGGGUAAUUUAGUAAUAAAAGGAGUUUUGGAUUAUUCAUCCAAGGAUACAACACCAAAAACUCAAGAGCAAAUAACAAGACAAUUUGCAACAUCCAAACUAGAAACCUACAGCUUCCAUUCUUCGCAUUGUAUAGAAGCUUUGAUGCAUGCAAGCGGUCAUAUGGGAAAUGCAUUAGAAAUAUUAUUUAGUAAAUAUUAUGGAACUGAUGAACUUCCUAAGAGGGAAGAUUUGAGUGAUUUGGAUUACAACGAAAUAUUGGAAAGAAGAGACGACGAAAAAUUAGCUUUGGAGUCAAUUUAUGGAGAUAUGUUCACUGAGAAGAUAAAAAACCAAAUUUGGAUAAUUAAGCUAAAGUUAAAUUACUUAUUAAAAAAACAAGAGACUAAGACCAUGCAAAAACCUAAGAAGGAAAAUAAAGAGCUAUGCAGAUUGUUUUUACACGGUAAAUGUCGAUUUGGGCCAAAAUGUAAAUUUCUACAUCAACAACCAGAACCAGUAAAACCAGAACCAAUUAGAGAAGAUCCAUAUUUUACAUUGGAAAUAAGAUUCCCUGAAGGUUGCAUGUAUCCUUAUGAACCACCAUACCUUUAUUUCUCUAAAAAUGAAACAACGUAUCCGAAAAUAGAAUGCCUUAGAAUAGCACGAAGGCUUUAUGAUGAGGCACAGCAACUCUGCAUUGAUGGAACUCCAUCAAUAUUCUCAUUAAUCUCACUCUUGGAAAAUGAGUACGACAUAAAAUCAUACUUGGAGGAAAAUAAAGAGCAGUUUAUAGACAAGGAUGAUCCUCUAUUUCCGAAAUCGUCGGAGGAUGAUAGCAAUGACGCUCCUACACAUUAUGAGAAGGGCUCUACGCGUCGUCGAGAUCGUAACAAUAUUCCUUGGCAAGAAAUAGUGAAACAAGAUGAUGAGAUUCAACAAAAGUUUAUGGAAAAGCAAAGAAAUUCAAGAUAUCUAAAAAUGAAGGAGGUGCGAAGAAAGUUGCCAGCUUGGUCACGUAUGAAUGCAAUAUUAGAAAUAAUAGAUGAAAACCCAGUCACUAUAAUAUCCGGUGAAACCGGAUGCGGCAAAAGUACUCAGGUUCCCCAAUUUAUAUUGGAUAACUGGAUAGUAAACAGAUACGAGGAAUCAAAAUCUCAUGUAGAAAUAAUUUGUACUCAACCACGCAGAAUAAGUGCAAUAGGUGUUUCUGAGAGAGUUGCAGCAGAAAGAGAUGAGCGUAUAGGAAAUACAAUUGGCUAUCAAAUCCGUCUGGAAAACAAAAUGUCCAAUUGGACAAGAUUGACUUUUUGUACGACAGGUAUACUUUUACAAAGGUUCUCAAGUGAUCCACAACUAAAAUCAGUCACUCACAUCAUAGUGGACGAAGUUCAUGAACGUAGUGCUGAAAGUGACUUUUUGCUCAUGUUGUUAAAACAAUUGCUGCCUAAGAGGCCAGAUUUGAAAAUUAUUUUAAUGAGUGCUACUCUCAAAGCUGAUGCGUUUUCAACUUACUUUGGAAAUGUUCCCGUACUAGAUAUUCCUGGUAGAACAUUCCCUGUCGAACAAAUCUUUCUGGAGGAUAUCCUUGAAAGAACGAAUUUUGUUCUUGAAGAGAAUUCAAAAUAUACACGUAAAGUUAAAGGCGGCUGGGAGCAACUAGAAAUUGAUUUGGAGUCUGCAGAUGUUGAGAGUUUAUCCAGUGUCGUACCAAGAGAUAAUGUUGUCGAUGACAACUUGACCUUAGCCCAACUUUUUGGACGAUAUGAAGGGUACUCUAGGCGUACAUAUAAAAAUCUUUACGUAAUGGACCAUGAAAAAAUUAAUUUUGAUUUGUUGGAAAAGACCUUGGAGUGGAUUGUUAAUGGGGAUCAUGAAUAUCCUAAAACAGGCUCAAUUCUGGUAUUUUUACCUGGUUUUGCAGAGAUUAUUGCACUAAGGGAUUCCUUAUGUGACAAUAAAAUUUUAUCACCAAAAGCUGGAAAAUUCGUUGUGGUACCAUUACAUUCCACUUUGUCCAGCGAGGAGCAGAGCUUAGUUUUCAGAAAAAUGAAAGAGGGUGUUAGAAAAAUUGUGUUGAGUACAAACAUAUCAGAAACUUCUGUAACAAUAGACGAUUGCGUAUUUGUCGUUGAUACUGGCAAAAUGAAGGAAACUCGAUUCAAUUCUAAUCAGAAUAUGGAGAGUUUAGAAAUGUGCUGGGUAUCUCGUGCCAAUGCUAUGCAAAGGAAAGGACGUGCAGGUCGCGUAAUGCCUGGUGUUAGCAUACAUCUUUAUACAUCUCAUAGAUUCAAGCAUCACUUCUUAGCUCAACCGAUACCUGAAAUAUUAAGAAUUCCUUUAGAACCCUUACUGCUCCGUAUUCAAAUUAUGCACAAAGGAAAGAAAGUAAAUCUUCAUGAUAUUUUAGAUAAAGUUCUGGAACCUCCUUCUAAGGAAAGUGUUACUGACGCUAUAAAGCGACUCCAAGAUGUGGGAGCGUUCGAUCCUGAAUGUGUAUUGACUCCCUUGGGUCAUCAUUUAGCAACAUUACCAGUCGACGUACGAAUUGGGAAAUUAAUAUUGUUCGGUUCUAUUUUUUGUUGUGUGGAUUCGGCACUGACAAUAGCAGCCUGUCUUUCACAUAAAAGUCCGUUCGUCGCACCUUUUGAUAAAAAACACGAAGUCGACAAGAAAAAAAAGGAAUUCGCAACCGCCAACUCGGAUCAAUUGACCAUCCUCAAGGCGUAUAGGAAAUGGUUGGAAACAUGCUCUCAUAGUUUCUAUGCUGGUCAAGUAUUUGCCAAUGAAAAUUUCUUGUCAGUGAGAACCUUGCACACUCUGGCUGAUAUAAAACACCAAUUUCUAGAGUUACUAGUGUCAAUUGGUUUUGUACCUGCUGAUGUCAGGAAACGCCAAAUGGGAUCAGAUAAAAUUCUCGAAACGACAGGUUUCGAAUUAAAUGUGAACAACGAAAAUUUUAAGCUACUACAGGGUCUCUUGUGCGCCGCACUGUAUCCGAAUGUCGUAAAAGUUUUCACGCCUGAGAAAUCCUUCCAAAUACAGUCGUCUGGUGCUAUUCCUAGACAACCCAAACCAGAGGAGCUUAGAUUCCAGACGAAAAAUGAUGGCUUCGUUAAUAUUCAUCCAUCUUCAGUGAAUUUCUCAGUGGGACAUUUUCCCAGUCCUUAUCUUGUCUUUCAAGAGAAGAUCAAGACUAGUAGAAUUUUUAUCAGGGAAAUAUCCAUGGUGCCUAUGUUAUCGUUAAUCCUGUUUUCAGGAUACGGUAUUAACAUUGAAUUGCACAAUGGUACUGUUAUUCUAUCGCUAGGAGAUGGUUGGAUUAUGUUCAGGGUAGAAUCACACAGGGUGGCACAAUUGUUACAACGCAUGAGAAUCGAAUUAGUUAAAUUAUUAGAGCAGAAAAUGCAAGAUCCUUUAUUGAAUCUUCUUAAUCACCAGAAUGGAAAAAAGAUUAUACAUACAAUAGUCAAUAUAGUUACAAGAGAUUAGGUAGACAUAAAUUAAUUUAAUUUAUCAACAGUUCAGAAAUUAUCUGGAGACAAUUUCAAUUUUCACGUUUGUGAAGUAUUAAUUGUACAUAGAUAAUAUAAUAAUUUUAUAAUACGCUUAUUGUUGACACUUUCAAAGUGUCAA